CAGCAGUCUGGUUCUUCCUCAGUGUUGAAGUUUGUCUCGUUCAGAAUGAAGUUGAUCACUGAGCUCCUCUGAGACCAGCUGUUCCCCAGCAGAACAACCUGCAGCUCAGAGACUGAAAAGACAACAGAAAUGAAAACAAGUAUGAAAGUGCUGGCUGCAGUUUGGUGCUUCACUCCUGCUGCUGAGGCGGAGGUCAUCUACGCCUGUCACAACAACUCCGCUGUGAUGUCGUGUGGUGUCGGCAGUAACAUCAAGCUGGAACACAUCCUGUAUAAGGUCGGCGUGGGGACGAGAUGUGGGGAGGGAAAACCCCACCCGGACGACGGACCUGACAACUACUGCUCCUUCCCCUGGGCUGAGAUGGUGGUGGAGGAUCUCUGUGGCAACAGGAGGUCCUGCGACGUCCCCGUCACCGAGCGCGUGUUCGGUGAAUAUCCCUGUAAGGAGCAGACCAGGUACCUGGAGGUGUCCUACACCUGUGUCACACCCCCUCCUCCACCCCCAGCGCCGAUCAAACCUGACUGUGAGGACAAAUCAGCUGCUGAAGCCUGAUGCUCUGGAAACGUGAUCGUUUGUGGCUGUGGACAGCAGGGUGACGUCACAUCCGACUGAUCAGAGCUCAGAUCUUCACACCUGGUCGUUCUUCGCUGUCUGACGGAGAGCAGCCGUAUGUGUUGGAUCUCCAAACACAUGAAGUUUCCUACAGCCUCAGAGCGUUUGACCUCUGCACGAUUCUAAGUGAUUUUGUGAAAUAAACAGUUUGUUGUGUUUACUGCUGUCGUCAGUCUUCACUGUGCACGUUUCUGUUCCGUUUGAGCUCAUUCACACGUCU